AUGUGGCGCUGGAGGACUGAUGACAUCCCUCAUCCUAUGACUGGUUUGACACCAGAGGAUCAGGCGUAUCUCUCUGGCAAUCGUCUACGUACUUUAUUUUUUAUCCGCCCUUUUUUUGCGCGUUCUCAAUCAUUGCCGUGCUAAUUACCAAUGAGCAGAAAGAUGCAAUGCCGGACCCAGCGACGCCAAUCCGUCUGCUCUCCCUAACGCAACCGAUCUCACCCCCGGUACCCCUUCUGCCCCAGCUUCUCAGAAACCCAUCACUCCCCGAAACGGUAGGGGCAGAGGUAGACCGACAAAGAUCCUAGCGGGUAUCAAAAAACCCACCAGGGCAUCUACUCGCAAGAAAGCGCUGGCGCAGAAACUUGAUCUACCCACAAAUCCACGCCAGUACCAGAAGGGCACCAAAUCCCCAGAAACUAGCACCCCAAGUCUCAAAGAGAAAGGUGAAACCACCCUGCACCAGCCAAAAUGA